CACAGGUAAGAUCUGAUCAAUCCAAACACUGUGCACAUUGAUCAAUCACCAAUAGGCCACGAUGAAUCUCUUUACUAUUGUCACUGCACUCCUUGUCAGCGUCGCCAUUGCCAAUCCUACGCCUCUCGAGAAGAGAUGCAAAUUUACUGCUGAUAGUUGUUCGGCCAACUCUGAGUGCUGCUCUACAGUCUGCUCUGGCGGGUCAUGCGGUUAAAUGCAGGGAAAUGGUGAUAUAGGUUAGCUGCCUUUAUUGGACUCUUUAUACAGUGAACUAUCAGUCACAUGUCAUAUUGUUCUCAGUUUAUUAUAUUCCGUUUACAAUAUCUAGCUAGAACUCUACUG